UUCACCUGUUGUUUGUACUGAGAAUGUUAUAAAUAGUUUGGAUCCAAUGCCUUUUUCUAAAUUUCCAAACAACUUUCAUGAAAUCAGUUCACCUGUUUUAAAAGAUAACGCUCAUAAUUCUACUUUUUUUCAACCACACGCAACUCCAUCACCUCCUGAAGAAAUCCAAAGUUUUCCCACAAAUGUAUGCAAUUCCUUCUUGGAACAAAGUUCUAAAUUUAUUGUUCCCCAAAAUAAUAGGAAAUUUUCAAAGCCUGGUUUUCGGCCUAAGCAGUUACAUCACAACCAAAAUUCCAGUAGACAUUUUGUCUUGUUGUCCGGCUUGUCACCAACUUUUACUCUCAAAGACAUUAUUGAUAUGUUCAAAGGAAUUUAUGCGCCACAGGAUUGCAUUAAGUGGAUGGUUGACAGCAAGGGAGUGAAAACUGACAUUGCAAUUCUCCGCUUACAAAAAAGUGAUUUUAAUAGAAUUAAAAGAAAGAAAAAAGUUACUUACAAAGGUAUGAACAUAAGUGUCAAAGUUUGCCCUGCAGCAGUUCAUCGAGCAUAUUUCAUGGAUGAACCCCAGAUUCUUCCAGAGUCGGUGGUUCAUAAAGAUUUGUGUUAUAAAUUAAAGGGUUUACCAUUUAUGGUAACUCGAGAAGAUAUCACACAGUUCUUUAAUGGACUACAAGUCAAAGAUAUUUACAUUGUUUACACAUAUAAGGGGUACACGAGAGGAAUUGCUUUUGUUUCUUUCCCAGAUGUUGGGAAUUUUCUUGCUGCAGGACAAAAGAAUGGGAGUGUUAUGGACAACAAGCAGAUAAAAAUGUCUGCAUGUACUUUACCAGAGGUGAUGGAAUCCAAAAGGAAGAAUGGGGACUUGAAGCCUGAUAUGAAAUUAGAUUCUUCUAAGCGUUCCCUAUGUGCUCUGCUUACUGGACUACCCACAAGUAUAACAAUUUCAAAAGUUUUUGCUUUCUUUUCUAACUUUGGUUUAAGGCCUGACUGUAUUCACGUUUUGCUCAACGAUCAAUACAAGCCGAACGGAAGAGCGUUUGUGGAGUUUACUAAUGUCUCAGAUUUUGAUGCUGCCCUCAAGUGCCAUGGAACUCUUCUGGAGAACAAUCCCAUUUGUGUGAAACAGAUUCUGUUCGAUGAAAUGGUGAAUAUCCUAGACAAACAAAAAGCUAAACAUGGUUUUGGAGAACCUCAAAUGGAAAAGGUUGACAGUUUGCCGGAAAAAGUUCCCUACUUGUGGGAUCCUAGCCGCAGAUAAAGUUGUGCAAGAGAAAAUUAAUUUUUUUUCAGAAAAUUAAACGACAUACUUGCAGUGUGGUGGAUGAGAUGAACAUUUCAUCGAAAAGUAAAAGAAGAAUUCAUUGCCGUAUCGCUCGUUAACGCAUCUGUUCGAGAUGAGAACCAAACUACUAAAAUUAGAAAGGCUUCAAAAUGACAAAUAGAGAAAAUAAAUAAACUUUGCGUCAUUCAACGACAUAUGGAUGCCUCAGUUGCCAAAUGGAUUACUCCACUUUUUAAAAAUAUCCUCAUUUCUGCUUUAAUAGUGCUUAAUCAAUGCUUAGAAUGUGACUUUAUAUUAAACUUUUGGUUCAGUACAUUUCUGAUCCUGCGAUGGCAGAAAAUGUAACACGAGGGCCCAUUCACUCCUAUUGGAGAACACUAUCUUCUUCAUCACUUUUUUCGACUUUUUGUUUCAUGGAGUUAAUCGAUUUAGCAAGUGAAGCAUCCAUACAUCUCGAUAUAAUUUCCACUUGAAGAUAACCUUUACAUUAUAUUUUUAUUUGCAUUACCUUUAAAAAAAUAAAAAACAAGUUACAUUAUAUUUUUAUCUGUAUUACCUUUAGAAAAAAAGAAAAAAAAAAAAGAGUGUAAAAUUGUUAAAGAUAUAGACAGUAAGGAAACAAACAUAAAUUCUAUCAGAACUGAUGAAGUCCUUUCCGCGUAAGACAAAAGCAAGUGUUCGAGUUCCUAGAAAUUUCUCGUUUGACACUGGUAACAAACCCAAAAUAUAAUGAACAGAAUGAUGAUACCGUUAUUAAGGAUGAUGAGGACUAUGGUACUCUUUAGGAAGACAGACC